ACUCAAAAUUUGAAAUAAACAAAGAUGUUGUCAAAUUUCCAUUACAUUAUUUCGCUUCACAUGGAAGAAUUACUUUAAGAAUCCAUUUUCCACGAAAUUCCCGCAAAUCUGGCAAGGCGGCAUCGAAUUUACUAGGAAAAAGUGAUCUCUGUUGAGGUUGGUGGGGAGGGAAGAUAAGGGGAAAACAGCAGGCAGCUCGCCGUCUAUCGUCGUCCAUUGGAAACCAGCUGAUUCCAGUUGACAAUACUGAAAAUGUUCCGGUUUUUCGCUGAUUUUCUUGCCGGAAAACUGUGUAAAACGUAUACAAACGUAUCGGGAAGUAACUAAACUAAUAGCAGGACACCGGACUAUAAUGGACAGCGAACCAUGGUCGCCGAAUUACCAACAAUCUGUGAGGGCCAGCCUUGAAAGAAACAGUAGGAACAAAAGCGACCCGAAUGCUGAAAAUGAACCACAUAACUCAAAAAUUAAGGAGGAUCCCGAUGCCAAAACGAUAUUCCCGCAGAUUAAAAACGAAUUUAUGCCCAGCAGUUUUGUCAUUAGCGAAAAAUCCAGACAAACAAUCCGGCACAUAUUGGAGCAGAUCAAGACCCUUUCGCAGAAUGACAAAUAUCUGUUAUACCUGAAACUACCCUCUGAGAUAACAGAUAUUAUAGACCCGUUUAGGCAAACCCUUAACCCUUUGGGAAGCAGAUCUGAGAUCCAUAAGACCAUCGUUUGGAUCCAGACCCAUCUGGAGGAGGACCAAAAUAUCUCUUUACCUAAGAAGGAGGUGUAUAAUGAAUAUGAACAAUUCUGUGAAAAAAACGAAAUUAAAGCCCUCUCGCAGGCUGAUUUUGGGAAAGUUAUGAAGCAGGUCUUUCCAAAAGUUCGGGCAAGACGAUUGGGUCAGCGAGGUAAUUCCAAAUAUUGUUAUUCCGGGCUUAGAAGACGAGUGUCCCUUAAGGCUCCUUGUUUGCCAGAUAUCUUCGAUAAACCAUUGUCAACAGAAUGUCCGGUCAGUCAAACGAGUCUCACUUAUGCUGCCUGGUUAAUAGUAAAGGAUUGGGCAAACCAACAGUUGGGCAUCCAGUUCACAUCGCUGCAGUCGCUCGCGCAUUAUUUGGUGCGACAUUGCGCUGUCGCCUCUGGAUCAGAUGCGGCCAGCAAACUCACUUCCAACGUGGAUUCACAGCCUAAAACUGAGGAGGGUGUAAAGAAUAUAAGCAAACACGGGGAGACAAAGUUGCAACUGCAAAAGAAAAUUCAGCAACGCACUGAAGGAAAGGAGCGGAAACGAAAGAUCCAGAAUAUAAAGCCGGAUGUGCCGAAGCCAGGAUUGAAAAAAUCCCGGUCGUACAGCGUCCCCGCGGCUUCGACGAUGACCACCUCGAACGUGUCUCAAGAUUCGGGGAUCGUAGGAGGUAGCGGGGAAUGUAGCACGGCGAGCAGCACAUGCAGCAGCAACAGCGUGAGCCCCACUCAGGGCCGAAAUAUCUGUGAUAAACCAGAGUUCACUCAAUUGACCGCCGCGUUACCUGAUUUCAAGAGUUUUCAAAAGCCGAAUGUGUUACAACAACAACAACAACCUCCACCGUCUGAGAGUACUGCCGUUGCUGCUGUUGUUGGGGCUACUACAACUGCCUUACCCGUUAAUUUACAAGAAAAUCCACCUAUACUCACCGCAGUCUCGGUAGUGGCGCCUUCGGUUGCAGUAACCCUCUCAAAAUCUAUCAACAAGAUUCCGAUUUCGAGGAGCCAACACGUAUCGCCGGUAAAAAAUCCAGUUUUAAAAACGCCACCACAGUUGCUCCACCAACAGCGCAAGGCCAAGUAUAAGACGAUCCAGGCAAGACUGCAACAACAGCAACCAACAUGUGAUAUUGGAACGUACAACAACGGGCCAGCGCAGAGCAUUGCGCUGGUCGCACCACCACGAUCUCAAAUUGUACAAGAUAGUAAUGUUAAUGAUAAUAAUAGUAUACCUAAUUUGAAUGAAUGUGAUGAUGACGAUGACGAUUUCCCGCUGACCCGUGAGAGAUUGGACAGUGUUAGUAAUGUUGAAAAAGAUGCUAUGGAUGAAUAUUUAGGAACAAACAAUAGCCAACACGAAGAAGAACUGUCGAAAUACUUCAGUCCCAGUGGAGAGCCCCAAAUAACAACGGAAAUGGACCAUAGCUCAAAACUCUCCACUCUCAGGCAACUCCUCGAGCAAAGUGGCAUACCGGAGGAACGUCCCACCAUUCUCGAUUCAAACUUGACCGCUUUUACGGAGCCAACAACAAAUUUUCCUCCCUAUUUACCCCCAUUGCCACCUUUAAGUGUUCUAUCCAGCAGCACUAAGAGACGGGUCAGUUUCGAAACUCCUAUAGCAGAAGAAAUACCUCAGAGCCCCAAUACAAGGAGCAAAAAUUUCAAUUUUACUCCGAUAUCUCCGGGGCCGCAGUCGCCUAUCCAGUCCAAAUGCUCCAGUACCAGUGCCAGUCCGUUUGUUAGUCCCAGAAACACUCCGGUACCCAGGAAGAACUCCAUUAAGCCAGUUAAGGUAAAAACUGAAAUGGAUCUUUCUCUUGACAUAUCUCCGGAGGCAUUUUUACCAAUGUCCGCCCCAGUGAGCCCAAUGCUCAGCAAAUCCGGCAACAGCAUGCUCCAAAAACUGUUAAACGCCAACAGCAAAGUCCAGUACACUCCAGAAUACGCUGUCGCCCCGGAUUCCACCCAGUUUUUUCCAGAUUUGUCCAGGUCCCAGUCGGUACCGUUACAAUCGAAAGGCGAGCCGGAGCUUAUUAUUGGCUGUGAUAAUAAUAACAUCGAUGCAUUUAACUUGGAUAUGUCCACAAAUAACCAGACUUUAACAGAAUACGGAUUAAAUUUAGUUAAUACUUGCGCUGAGGGCACUUUUACGACAAAUAGCCAAAAGUUGAGGAACAUUACACGUUCGCAUAGCAUAGACAUCGACGUGGUGGGAUUCGAUAUUGCGAAGUCGUGUAAUCCUUCCAGAUCUGUGCCGAGUACGCCACUGCCAUUCACAUCAAAUCUGGUGUUGGAUAACGCGAAGAAUUUCCAGAACAGUUCCAGAUCGUAUCCGUCUACGCCUCUGAACAACACCGAGACGUUCGUUUAUCAAAUGAACUCGGAUUGUUUGUUAAACGGGCAGCCGAUAAGGGGAGCGGAAGAGCAGACCGACGUCCUGGAUCCAUUUUUACCCAGUUUCGAAUUGAAUAACGAGAGCGGUCAGUUGGAUGGUUGUGGAAUAUCAUCGUCGAAGCAACAAGCACAGAGACGAAUCGUUGGAGGAGAAGAGGCUGGAUUUGGAACUUUUCCUUGGCAGGCUUAUAUUAGGAUAGGAUCGUCGAGGUGUGGCGGCUCACUAAUAAGUCGACGUCACGUGGUGACCGCUGGUCACUGCGUUGCAAGAGCGACGCCGCGACAGGUGCACGUGACCUUGGGAGAUUACGUCAUUAAUUCAGCGGUGGAACCUCUUCCUGCCUACACUUUUGGUGUUUCCAAUAUACAGGUUCAUCCCUUCUUCAAAUUCACCCCUCAGGCGGACCGUUUUGACGUCGCUGUUCUCCGCUUGGACAGAGCAGCUCACAACUUACCCCACGUCACCCCCAUUUGCCUCCCUACUAAGGGAGAUAAUUUUUUGGGGGAUGUAGGGCACGCGGCUGGAUGGGGCGCCUUAAGUCCUGGAUCCCGCUUGAGACCGCAAACGUUGCAAACCGUAAAAGUUCCAGUUAUUGAUAAUCGGCAAUGUGAAAGGUGGCAUAGAUCAAAAGGAAUACAAGUCACAAUUUUUGACGAGAUGCUCUGCGCGGGAUAUAAGAACGGCGGCCGUGAUAGCUGUCAAGGGGAUUCUGGAGGGCCGCUAAUGCUCCAGAAGGCUAACAGGUGGUUCCUAAUUGGGAUAGUGUCAGCUGGGUACUCGUGUGCACAGCCCGGCCAACCUGGAAUUUAUCAUAGAGUUGCUCAUACAGUGGACUGGAUUUCAAGAGCCGUAGCAGCAAGAUGAUAGUGCAAAAGACAAAACACUAAUUUUAAAAUUGUGUGUGUUCAAUCAAUGUUACCGUAACCUUGGCAUUGAUUUAUGUGUAAAAACGAAUCCUGUAUUAUUGUGUUAUUAAACAUUCUGUAAAUAUUUAGCUUACUAGUCAAAAUAUUGAAUAAGGAUAUUAUGGAAACUAUACAUAAGAACUUGCAUGAUCAAAAUUUUUUAAAAAAUACCUUUUGAAUAAGUAAAUUAUAAAAUGCUUUAUUUAUACUAUUUAUUGUUUUAAAACUUAUUAAAUACUAUUAAGGAUAUUGCCUGUGUUUAUAUUUUUAAAUUAUUUUUAAGAAAGUAGCUUGUAAUAUAAUAUAUAUUUAGGUGAAUUUUAUGGAAAAGC